AUGAAUUUGCUCAAGUACCUUGGGCAGAUCAAUGAAACAAUCCUAGCGAGCGGGGACAACCAUUCAACCGCCUAUAUCCCUUAUCAGAUGCUCUUCAAAAUUAUUUGGGAAAUCUGCGAUGGAAUCGCAUACAUUCAUUCUCGCAAUCUUGUUCAUCGCGACGUCGCGGCAAGAAAUGUCCUGCUUACAACUGGACUGAGAGCGAAGAUCUCCGGUUUCGGUUUCUGCUCUGAUCCAGACGACUCCAAGUUUUGCGGAAAUUCACUAGCCUUGCGAUAUUUACCAGUCAGAUGGCUUGCACCUGAGUGUUUCCAUGGAAAAUUCUCGUUCAAAAGUGAUACAUGGUCAUUCGGAGUACUCCUUUACGAAAUCUUCACUCUUGGGGAUGCCCCUUACGAAGAUCUAGAAAAGGCUGACGAAAUAGUGGAAUGCGUCCGUCGCUCCAGAAUUCCGGCUCAUCCAAAGUAUGCCUCUCGAAAAAUAUACAAAAUCAUGCAACAGUGUUUCCAUCACUAUCCGGAAAGAAGACCAGACUUCAGUCAUCUGAUGGACGUAUUUCACUCGGAGAUGGAAGCUCUGUUUGUCAAUGUGGCUUUCGAAGUCGAUGAGCAGAGUUAA